AUCGGCAUGUAAAAAUUCACCCGGGAAAAAUUGGUGGCACUUAACAACAACUUCACUGUCUGGAUUCCCUCGAAAGUCUCCAUUUUUAUCUAGAAAAAUGCCCGCCACUUCAGAAAUGCAUACCGAGGAGAUGCACAGAGAGGGUGGAUGUAAAAAAGGGGAAGAAACUCACACGAUGGUGGCUCCGGAGAAGAAGAACUUUGGGAUUUUCUGUGAUGAACGUGGAUAUUUGGAUCAGGUCGAGUACAUCAUGCAGCACGGCCGCAGGAAGGGAGACCGAACCGGGACGGGAGUCAUCUCUGUGUUCGGUGUUCAGGCCAGAUACAGUCUACGAGAUCAGUUUCCCCUGCUGACAACCAAGAGAGUGUUUUGGAAAGGGAUCCUUGAAGAGCUGCUAUGGUUUAUCAAGGGUUCAACAAAUGCCAAGGAACUGUCCGCGAAAGGAGUGAAGAUUUGGGACGCCAACGGGUCCCGGGACUUCCUGGACAAUCUUGGCUUCACGGACAGAGAGGAAGGCGACCUGGGACCUGUCUAUGGUUUCCAGUGGAGGCACUUUGGUGCAGAAUACACAAACAUGCAUGCAGAUUAUACAGGACAAGGUGUUGACCAGCUGCAGAAGAUCAUAGACACGAUCAAAAAGAAUCCAGAGGACAGACGGAUCAUCAUGUGCGCUUGGAAUCCCAAAGACCUGCCCCUCAUGGCUCUGCCUCCCUGCCACGCCUUGUGUCAGUUCUACGUGUGUGACGGCGAGCUGUCCUGCCAGCUGUACCAGCGCUCAGGUGACAUGGGCCUCGGGGUGCCCUUCAACAUUGCCAGCUACGCACUUCUUACCUACAUGAUCGCACACAUCACAGGACUCAAGCCUGGUGACUUUGUUCACACUCUGGGAGACGCUCACAUCUACGUCAACCACAUAGAACCUCUCGAAGUGCAGCUACAGAGGGAGAUCCGCCCCUUCCCCAAACUAAAGAUCCUGAGAAAAGUGGAGAGCAUCGAUGAUUUCCGCGCAGAGGACUUUGAGAUCUGCGACUACAACCCUCAUCCCACCAUUAAAAUGCAGAUGGCUGUGUAAAAAAACAAAAGAAAAGAAAUUUCAACACCAUUUUUAAUGGGGUUGAAGGAUAACUAUAUUGUGUAGCAAAGGAAGUUGCUUCAGAGGUUCAGUUUCACAAAAAAAAAACAUGUGGGCAAGUUAAUUAUGGUGAAGUGACACCACAUUAAGUUCUUACACAAAAAUCUGUUACUACAAGAGUAACACACUAAUCUACUCUGAUGUUGGGUUUUCUGUAGCCCAACUACUGAUGUGUGAAGUUGGCAAAUUUAGGUUUGUGUCAUUUUCCUUGUUUUAAAAAUGAUUAAUAUCUCAUUUGUAAAUAAAGAAUUUAAAUUCGUG